AUGUUAGCAGGAGAAAAUGAAGUAAAUGUGUCAAAAGUAGAUCAAUCGAAAUCGGAUAAAACCGAUAUUUUGCUAGAGUUAAAAGAGCAACGUGAUGUAGUUAUCGAAAAGCUGAGUAGGUUUAUAAAUUUCAUUAAACGAGCCAACGAAUCCGAUUUAUUAGAAUUAGAAUCACGUCUAGACCACGUAUCGAGUAUUUUCAACCAUUUCGAACAAGUUCAGUCACGAAUAGAAUCGCUAGAAAAGUGUACAACUAAUUCAGAAUAUCGUGAAACAUUCGAAAACAGCUUCUUCAAAGCACAAGCCAGCGCUAAAAAUAAAAUUGUAGAGUUUCACAGCAACAUACAAGCCAGAAUAACAGCUAGUCAUAAUGUAGCUAGUCAAAAUAAUUUGUUCAACAAUAGUGUUACUGUAAAUUCAAAAAUUACACUGCCACCAAUUGACUUACCUAUCUUUGAUGGCGAUAAAAAAAAAUGGGUAUUUUUCAUUCAAAGAUUUCAGGCAUUAGUUGACCAGAAUCAGCAGUUAUCUCAAGUAGAAAAGUUGUAUUAUUUACAGGGCCGACUUAGGGGUGAGGCAGAAAAAUUAAUUCAGCAACUGGAGUUGACAGAUGAGAAUUAUUUAGUAGCUUUACGUAUAUUGCGAGAACGAUUUGAAAACAAAAAAAUUAUUAUAGACAAACAUGUAGAAGAAUUAUUUAACAUGCCAGUAAUUACUAAGGAAUCAGCUCCUUUUAUAAGAAAUUUAAUUGACACAUUCAAACAACUAAUUACUUCACUCAAAGCUCUAGGUGAACCAACUGAUUCGUGGGAUCACCUAUUAAUUCAACUAUUAAAAAUUAAACUAGACGCACGCACUAGGGAACGUUGGCAUGAACAUUUACAUUUACAAAAUAAAAGAGAACCUCCACCAUUGUCAGAAUUUCUCGACUUUUUAGUAAAUCCUUGUGAAUAUUUCGAAAGCAAAGAAAAAACUGAUAAUCAGCAAACCAUGUUAAAAUCUAACUAUUAUAAUCACACGCACAAAAAUGCAAAUAACAGUCAAACAAUCACAUGUGCCGUCACGCAGGCGCAAUGCGCUUAUUGCAAAGAUCAAGAUCAUUACAUUUAUUCAUGUAAAAAAUUCCUUAAGUUACCAAGUUCAACGCGACAAAACGAGGUAAUUAAACUAAAAUUAUGCUUUAAUUGUCUCAGAGGUGAUCGUAGGUCAGAUUCUUGCACUCGUGGAACCUGCAAGGUUUGUCAAAAGAAACAUAACACACUAAUUCAUCGAGACAAUAUUCAACAUCAUGAUACACAAAACCAACUAGCUAAACAUGACAACAUUCAAACACAAAAUCACAGCAAUCCUUCAUUAGCCACAAACACACAUUUAGCAAUUGAAAAUAAACAAAACACAGACGCACCUCAAGAAACUAUCCAACUCUCAUCAAUCACACAUCAUCUAAAUAAUAAAAAACAAAAUGUUCUUCUUAGUACAGCGGCUGUAUUCCUCAAAGAAAAAUCAGGCAAUUUAAUCAAAGCGCGUGCAUUGUUAGACUCGGGUUCUCAAUCAAAUCUAUUAACCUCUGACCUUGCGCGAAAAUUAAAUAUCGGUACUACCAAAAUAAACUUACCAGUGAUCGGUGUUAAUCAGGUUACUACUAAUAUCACAGAGCAAUUAAAUAUUGAUAUAAUAUCAAGAGAAAACAAUUCUUUUCAACAAAAUGCUACAUUUUUAGUUAUAAACCAAAUAGCGGGUAAUAUUCCAAACUUCAAAAUCGAUUGUCAACAUUUAAAUAUACCGAAAUACAUUACUCUUGCGGAUCCUGAAUUCGAUAAAUCCGCCAAACUGGAUAUUCUCUUAGGCGCAGGUGUCUUUUGGGAUAUUUUAGCGGAUGGGCAAUUUAAGCUCGGCGACGGUAAACCGAUACUUCAGAAAACAUUAUUUGGAUGGGUCAUAUCGGAACCCAUAUAUCAAAAUUAUUCAAUUCAAAAUAACAGUAGUAAUACCAUAUCAUGUAAUUUAAUCACAACUACGCUUGAAAACGCAAUUGAGAAAUUUUGGAAAAUCGAGGAAUACCAAGAAGAUAACAAAACCAAACGGACGAUCGAAGAAAAAUAA